AUAUGUAUAUAUAGGUUUUUUCGCCUUUGCAAUGUAAAAAUGUUCACACCAUCUAAAUGUGUUGGAUUCUUGAAAAAGAAAUUCAGACAAAAUAAUCUGAUUGGUUUGUAUUUUUGUUUUCGUUGAUGAUUUUCAGAUUUCCAUGUAGAAUCGGCACUUGUCGAACUCCGAUAGAUAUAACGGCAUGUGAAUUAAUCGCGGGUGAAAUUUUCCCGGAAUUCGUUGUGAAGGCCAUUCUCUAUCCGGGAGCCAUAAUAACUUCUUUUACGGAGGGUAAAAUCGUCCCGAAUCGCGAUCAGAUUCUGACUUCUUACAAGUCUAAUAUGAGCAAAGCACCUCCCACAACUGAUCUCAAACAAUUGGAGGUUAUUACAGGAAGUUACCUAUGUGUGGCUGGAGCGAUAUUAGGACUUAUAAAACGAGGGCGAAUGAGCGUAUGUGGUUUAAUUUUAGUACUGUGGGGUAUUGUACGAGAAACGUUUGUCGGUAAAUAUCGAAGUGAAGAUGUUUGCGUAUAUCCAGAAAUGAUUGUGACAAUAGUUAUAGCAUUGUUUUCGAUGAGAAGGGAUGUGAGAAAGCUUAUUAGAUGUUGUUGAUUUGACUUCAUUGUUAAAUGGCUAAGUAAUUAAU